AUGUCAACGAUAAAGGGUGCUCAACUACAUGCCAACGGUGAUCUCAAUGAGAUGUUGACAUACAAUGCCACUCAGAUGUUCAUCGAGGCAUUCGACAGCGUCGCAGAAGACUACCCACAAAAUGAGAACCUUUGGUCAAACACUAUAACCUUCAACAACAUAACACUGUUCAGACAUCUGCGCAAACAUCCGAGAAUGACCAUGGUCAUGGAUAUUACUGCACUCACAUCAUACCUCAAAUGGAACUGCCACAUCGAGAUGCUCCAACACUUCUUUGACAACACAUUCGAUCGCAUGUUGCCCAGCACCGCCGUGUCCUGCCUCCCACUGGCUGUGGACACUGGCAACGAACAUAUAAUGCGUCUGUUCCUCCAACACUUUAAACUUGAUGAUAAAGCAAUCAACUGCUCACCCGUGGUCAAGUUCAAGAGACGUGGCGUCGGUGUCGUCGUACUUAAAGUGUUGCAUGAGGAGUUCAACUCUCUGUUUGGUCUCACAGAACUAUGGCACAGAGCACUCAUGCACUCGAUCAAGUGCAACAUGAUGGACAGUGUGCAAUACAUCCUUGACAACAUGCCAUGGCCCGAACCAUCGCAACCAGAUGUUGCGCUCAACAUACUCAUCGGCAAGUGUCUUGGACGAUGUGCCAAAGCCGGCAACAUGUUGAUGUUCCAAUUGCUCAACAAGUGGCCCUUUGUAGCCAAUUUCAUCGAGAAGAACUCAAUCACAGACAUUAUCACAAUUGCGAAUGAUCAUGGUCAUCAAUCAAUCGUUGAGUAUUUACGACAACAACAACAACAUCAACAUCUGGAUUUGGCCGGACCAUUCUGCAUCACACCCUUGUCAGUGAUCCGCAAUAAUGACUUGGAAUUGGUCCAGUCUCACCCAAUCGAUCUUCCUCCAAUUAAAUUGAGCAUCAAGAUGUUCCAACGCAUGUCAAAGCCCAUGGCAGAGUAUGUCCUCAGUCCACACUCAAAGAUCAGAUUGCCUCAUGGUAUCGCAGUUCUCAACAUGAGCAUGGCGGCGGGAGAGUUAGGCAGCAACAUCACAGCGAACAUGGUCGCCCAGUACAUCGCCACCCAUCCGACAAAAGACCACAACUACGAAGUUGAGGAAACAUUGAUGAAGUACGCCGCGGGCUUCUCAGCCGAGAUCAUGAAACAAGUCCACACUCACUACGGCACCAGCUACAAACUCUUACAUCUUGUGAAGGCUUUGAAGAAGAAAUGUCGCGAAACAUUGGCGCUGCUAUUCAUCGAGUUGCGCCAACAGAUCCAGGAUAUCGACAAACUUGAUGAGGAGGAUGAGGAGGAUGAGGAGCAGAGCGAACUGAAGUAUGAUAUCAAGCAAUAUGCACAGGUGUAUAUAUCAUCAGAAUCAUUGGACGACGUCACAUCCUUACUGGAUCACAUUGAGAGUGUUAGACGAAUCCCCAACAUAUACAGAAUCAUGCCAAUGGCGUGUCCCUCCAUGAACACACUCAUCAAGAUGGCCGAGACGAAUUCCAUUCACUCACUUGAGUUCUACUUCAACUCCUCAACAUUUGCCAACAUGCCAAUCACACAUCGAUUGAGAACCAUAUACGCAGUCAAGAACAUUGGUUAUGAGCAUGGAAUGACAAGAGUGAUCAACCUGUGCAGUGAUCACAUCAAAUCAAUCACCGACAAUGAUGUUUACCAACAACAACAACAACAGGUGGUGGACUCAAAGAUGCAAAUUGAACCAUCAUACUCGCGACAGUUGGAAACAGCAGUGCACUUUGUGUUUGGUAACAGGAAGCUUGGAAUGAUCAUCAUGGAACAAGUUGGAGUAGUUCACAAGUCACUUGGUGUUGAGGCCAGACAUGUGAUCAAGGGUGCACAGUUGAUUGAUCGACAUUGUUUGAAUGAUUACAUCAGAUUUAACCUCAGACUGCUGGGUUCUGCAAUGACCAGGUGUGACUCAAGAGUGGUUGAUGUGCUUCUCGCCAAUCCAAUAAUGUCACUCCCAACUAUCGAUAACAAACAAUUCUACCAAUCAUUUAUCUCGAAUGUAUCGACAUGUUCACAUCCUGAUUGGGAGAGGAUGUUUGACCAGGUCAUGAUGUUCCUAUUCCAAAGCAACGCCCUCGAUCUAGACAUCAACAAACUUGGCUCAUUGUCAUCUAUCCAACAUCCAUCAUUCUUUCGCAAACUCAUACGAUGUGGAGUCAAACUCCAAGCCAUGCAUACAACAGAAGAUAUCAAUAAGAUAUGUGGUGGCGGAGGAUGGCUUGACAAGCCAUGGGCACAGGAGAUGCUCCAACUGCUCCUUCAACACAAUCUGCUCAACGCCACAAUACACCCGACACUAUUUAUCAAGGCAAUCCAACUGAAUGUGGCACCAGUCAUCAAUCACUUUGUUCGGACCUCAUUGGCUGGAUGGUUGAGCCAAUACACCGUUUGGAUAGCAAACGAUAUUGUCCAAGCCUUUGGUAAACAUGGUAGUUUGGAACUCUUGGAGAAGACGAUCCUCCCAAUCGUUUGUACAUCAUUAAACGAACGUACAUUAUUGGCCACGAUACUCAAAGAGUCAUUGAUCGUUGGACAUAUGGACGUUGCCAACCUCUGUCUCACUGCUCUGGCAGCAGCAACAACAUCAGCAGAGGCCACCAAGAAGAAGGAAAGAGUGACCCCAAGUAUUGUGAAUAGCAUACAUCACAGCAUCAUGUCAGUCGAACUGAUUGAGCGUUUGAUCGCAAAGCCUGUCUACAUCAAGUACAAGCUAUCCUUUGUGAUGGGCGAUGCUAUCAAGCACAGGAUCAAGCCAGUGAUCAACAUGAUGAAGGAUGCGCACAUCAAGAGCUAUAACAACCGCCUCAAGAAUGACAGUCCAAUCACAAUAGAUUAUAGAUAUGCCCUUGUGAAGGCGUUGGAGGUGGGCGACAUGGACACGAUCAAAUGGUUGCUGGGCAAUGUUAAAAGUAAUGUCGGGUUCAACGGCGAAGACCUUUGCAUUCUUUUGGAUGGUUAUAACACUGACUCGCACGAGCGAGACUUCGAAGAAGUGGAGAGUGCAUUCGUCGAGGUCUCUGGCUAUCUUAAGAGGGGUCCCAAGUCAAUCUCAAGAUAUGUUCUCAACAGAUUAUUGAUCAUUGCAUCAAACAAGUCACUGGCUGCCAUCAAGAUGGUUGUACAUCACUGCUCCGACCUCGACAAAAACAACAACAAGAACAAUGAGUUCAUCAUGGAGAAACUGGACAACUCAUUAUUCAAACAACUUGUUGAUGCAUCGAUCAAACGAGACGACAUUCAAUCAUUGGAGUAUGUUAUUGGGUUGGCCCCCAAGGAGGAGCAUCCCAGCGAGUUCAUCAACUUGGAGCACUGUAGCAAGUCAGUUCUCAAUCAUUGCCUUGAUAAAGGAUACUUCAGUGUUGACCAACAUUACCAAUCCUCCAAGUCCUCCGAUGUACUGGUGAACAAGCAGAUGGUCGACGAGGACCAUCACCUUACCAACGAGCUGGAGUCAAGGUGGACUUGA